AUGCCAUGUGUGCCGCGGAGCCGGGCCGCACGCGUGCUCUCCCUCUGGCUCCUCGUCCUCCACGCCCAAGCGCCCUGCCUGGGCAGGGCCCCGCCGGCCGGCAGUUCCCCGUUCCCCGACGGCGGGCAAGAGCAAUUUGUGAAGACAGUGCCAGAAUACCACGUGGUUCAUCCAGCAAGAGUAGAUGCAAGUGGGCAUUUUCUUUCUUUUAAUCUACACCCUCCCAUCUCAAGUCUGAGGAAGAAGAGACAUCUCGUAAAAAGUGAAGAUGUGGUAUAUUACAAAAUUAAUCACAAGGAGAAAGAUCUGUUUUUUAACUUGACUAUCCACACGGGAUUUCUUUCCCAUAACUAUGUAGUAGAAAGGAGACGUGGCAACCACACCAGGGCGAAGAUUUCAGCUCCCUCAGGAGUUCCUUGCCACUUCCUUGGCACAGCGUGGCAGCCCGGCUCCGGCAGUGGGACAGCAGCCAUCAGCACUUGCAGUGGCCUGACUGGAUAUUUCCAUCUGCCCCAUGGGGAUUACUUCAUUGAGCCCAUUAAAAAGCAUCCACAGAAGGAGGGAACACCCCAUCCCCAUAUUAUCUAUGGUGCAAAUAACCUUCCAAAUGCUUUAAGGAGAAGACGGGCCAUCCCGAUGGAAAAGGAACGAACAUGUGGACUGAAUGAUACCCACAGCUUUUUCAAACAGCAGCAGCAUCGGAGGGAGAGAUGGGAACAAAACCACGCAGCUGCCAGGAGGGUUUCCCGGCGCUCCGUCAGCAAGGAGCGAUGGGUGGAGACACUUGUGGUGGCCGACAGCAAAAUGGUUGAAUAUCAUGGGAGUGACCAUGUGGAGUCAUAUAUCCUCACCAUAAUGAAUAUGGUCACAGGGUUGUUCCAUGAUCCAAGCAUUGGCAAUGCAAUUCACAUUGUGCUGGUGCGGCUCAUCCUCUUUGAGGAGGUGGAGCAAGGCCUGAAGAUAGUGCACCAUGCUGAUAAGACAUUAGCCAGCUUCUGCAAGUGGCAGAAGAGUGUCAAUCCCAAGAGUGAUGUCAACCCCACACACCAUGAUGUGGCUGUGCUUCUUACCAGAAAGGACAUUUGUGCUGGCAUGAACCGUCCCUGUGAAACCUUAGGCUUGUCCCACCUGUCGGGCAUGUGUCAGCCUCACCGGAGCUGCAACAUCAAUGAGGACUCUGGCCUCCCCUUGGCUUUCACUAUCGCUCAUGAGCUUGGACACAGUUUUGGAAUCCAGCACGAUGGAAAGGAGAAUGACUGUGAGCCUGCUGGAAAGCGCCCGUACAUCAUGUCCCGACAGCUGCAGUACGAUCCCACUCCCCUCACCUGGUCCCAGUGCAGCAAGGAGUACAUCACACGGUUCCUAGAUCGUGGGUGGGGAUUCUGUCUGGAUGACAUCCCCCAAAAAGAAGUUUUAAAGUCCCCAAUCAUUGCUCCUGGAGUGAUUUAUGAUGUGCACCACCAAUGCCAGCUUCAGUAUGGUUCCAAUGCUACAUUCUGUGAAGACGUGGAUAACCUUUGCCAGACCCUCUGGUGCUCAGUGAAAGGCUCCUGCCGCUCCAAACUGGAUGCAGCUGCGGAUGGCACUCGGUGUGGAGAAAACAAGUGGUGCUUCUCUGGUGAGUGCAUUACAGUGGGGAAGACUCCCGAAGCAAUCCAUGGCGACUGGGGCAUUUGGUCAUCCUGGUCCCAUUGCACAAGGACAUGUGGGGCAGGAGUUCAAAGUGCAGAGAGGCUGUGUGAUAAUCCAGAACCCCAGUUUGGAGGAGACUACUGCACUGGAGAGAGGAAGCGCUAUCGCAUGUGUAACAUCAGCCCCUGCCACAAGGACUUGCCGACCUUCCGUCAGAUGCAGUGCAGUGAGUUUGAUACAGUUCCCUACCAGAACGAAUUCUACCACUGGGUUCCUGUUUAUAACACAGCAAACCCCUGUGAGCUCCACUGCCGCCCAGUAGAUGGCCAUUUUUCAGAGAAGAUGCUUGAUGCAGUCACUGAUGGCACUCCUUGCUUUGAGGGAAGGCACAGCCGAGAUAUCUGUAUUAAUGGCAUGUGUAAGGCUGUUGGCUGUGAUUAUGAGAUAAAUUCCAACGCAACAGAAGACCAGUGUGGAGUUUGCCUGGGAGAUGGCUCUGCUUGUCGUACAGUGAAGAUGAUGUUUAAUCAAAGCGAAGGAUUUGGAUAUGUUGAUAUUGGGCUAAUUCCAAAAGGUGCAAGGGGAAUCAAAGUCAUGGAAGUUACAGAAUCAGGAAAUUUCCUUGCUAUGCGAAGCAAAGACCCAGAAAAAUACUACCUGAAUGGAGGCUUUAUCAUCCAGUGGAAUGGUGAAUACAAAGUGGCAGGCACAAUAUUUCAGUAUGACAGAACAGGGGAUCUAGAAAAUCUGACUGCUCCAGGACCCACCAAUGAAUCGAUAUGGAUUCAGCUGCUUUUUCAAGAAACUAACCCUGGAAUCGAGUAUGAAUACACUGUACGCAAAGAAGAGAGUAAUGAGAAUGAGAUUGGAGAGCCAGAGUAUUUUUGGCAAUAUGGAGAGUGGACAGCCUGCAGUGUUACCUGUGGAAGAGGGCUGCGGCGGCAGAUCGCGCGCUGCGUGCGGAGGGCGAGCGGAGCCGUCAAAAACUCCUUCUGUGACCCAGCCACGCAGCCCAAGGGGCGGCACAAGAAGUGCCACGAGCAGGACUGCCCGCCCAGGUGGUGGGCAGGGGAGUGGCAGAAGUGUUCGACCACGUGUGGCCCAACAGGGCAGAAGAAGAGAACUGUACUUUGCAUCCAGACAGUGGGAUCUGAUGAGCAGGCACUGGAUGUCACAGAGUGCCAGCACCUGCUUAAACCAAAGACCCAUCUGUCAUGCAACAGAGAUAUCUUGUGCCCAUCUGACUGGACAGUGAGCAACUGGACUGAGUGCACAGUCACUUGUGGUGGUGGAGUAAGGACUCGUAAUGUCACUUGUGCCAAAAAUAAUGAUGAGCCUUGUGACAGUUCCAAGAGACCAAACUCUAAGGCCCUGUGUGGUCUUCAGCAGUGCCCUUCAGCUGGAAGAUUUCUGAUUCCCCCACAGGCACCCAGAAGAGGCAAGAUCAUAAUCAGGAAAACAACUGCUGAUCCUGAACGGAGUCUUCCUCGCAGAAUACCCAGGCCAAACCCCAAGUUCCAUACAACAACAAAAAUGCCCAAGCAUGAAAGUGUAACUCCCUUUUUGCCUACGUCCUCUGGUUUGGUCAAUGUCUCAGGAAAAGAGGGAGCACCCAACAGGACAUUGCAGAGUAAUUUUGCUAAAUCAGGUGAUGUUUACAAUUACCCAGUUGUUUCUACUGAAAAUAGCUCAUAUCAAAAUAGUACUUCAUGGCCUUUUCAUAACAGCUUAAGUACUGAAAUUAUAAGGCAUGCUGAAAACACCUCGAAAAGUGAGCCAGUUUCUACUGCACAGAGUGAGAUGCAAAGAAGUGAGGACACUCCUGUUUCCUCUUUUACCAGUAAUCCAGAAAUAACUUCCAGCUAUGAUUACUUAACUGAGGAAUCUGACAACACUGAUGGGCCACUUGGAGUCAGCAAGAAAGCAGUUGAUCUCUUUUACAGCACAGAGUUCAGUCCUGAAAUCGGGACCAGAAGCACAACCUUGGACACUGCCUCUCCUGUCACUCAGAAUGAGAGUGUGGCUUCUCAGAGCCCACCAGCAUCUCCUCACCAAGACCUUUCUGUGCUCGGUCCUGUCAGCAGAGCUGCUCAAGGGCUGCCAUUUCCAACAGCAGCAAACUAUGUCAGUCUGCAAGUUGAUGUUCCUGUUGUGGAGGUAACAACCCCACAAGCACUGGUUACAGAAAUGCCCACAGAGCUUGGGCAUGCACCGAGAGACCAGGCUGACAGCAGAGAAGAAAUAAAGCUGCCUGACACUGUAACCACUAUCACACCAUCCUCAGCUCCCAAGCAUGCUCUGAACAACCAGAAUGCAGCAUCUGAGGGUGUUUUAGUGAAUGUCACAGACAACAGCCACAUAAUAACAUCCAACAGUUUGCCCAGUGAUGCCUACUGGAUAGUAGGCAACUGGAGUGAGUGCUCUGUGACCUGUGGAAUGGGGGCUUUCUGGAGACAUGUGGAGUGCAGCAGCAGGAACACAUCUCACUGCCAGGACAUGAAAAAGCCUGAUCCUGCAAGGAGGUGUUAUCUGCGCCCAUGUGCUAGCUGGAAAACAGGAAAUUGGAGCAAGUGCUCUGUGAACUGCAGCGGAGGCUUCAAGACCCGAGACGUUCACUGCAUUGAUGUUGGGGAAAAGCGGCUGCUCAGGCCUUUCCACUGCCAGUUACUCGGCUACAAACCACCGCUCAGCACUAGCUGUAACACAGAACCUUGCUUGCAAUGGCAUGUGGAGCCCUGGAGUGAGUGUUCGAGGUCGUGCGGCGGUGGCCAGCAGCAGCGGCGCGUCUCCUGCCCGCGGGAAGGGCGCUGUGACUGGAACAGGAGACCUGAUCCCAUGGCACCGUGUAACAGCCAGCCUUGCACUCAGUGGGUGCACAUGGCCUGGAGCCCGUGUGCUGUUUCUUGUGGAGGGGGCAUUCAGCAAAGAACUGUGAAAUGCAUGAAUACAGAAACUAAGGAAACUGAAGAUGACAGUAUGUGCCUGGAUAAAGCCAAGCCCACAAAAUACCAGAAGUGCAAUCUGCAAGAGUGCAGGAAAAAUACAGGGCUGCCCUGCAGCAAAGACCAGCUGUCAGUUCACUUCUGCCAGAGGCUGAGAGGCAUUGGAAAGUGCUUGCUGCCAUCAAUACAGACUCAGUGCUGCUUCACCUGUAGUCAGCCCCGAAUUCGGAGCAAAGCAAGACAUGGGGAUCAGCACGGCUUCAAACAACAAAAUUACACUAAAUCUAGAAGAAAACCACCUCAAAACUAA